GGCGGGUCCCGCUAGGGGCGGAGCUCGGCGGCAGCGCUCUGCCUGGGGCAAUGUGGGGUUGCGGCGGGCUGGGCAGAGCAGCCCGGGCUCUAGUCGGGCCGCGGGGCCGGAGCAGUGGGACGGGCCCGCCCGGGAGGAGGCUGGGGGCAGUGGCCGGUGACCAUUAUGGUCCGGCUUUUCAGAGAGGCCCUGGGGGCUUCAGUGAGAAUGACAGUUGGAAAAUGCAGUUGACAUCCAACAGUACCAGGUUUGUCCAUUUGACUGAAAUGAAAAGCAGCAUGUCUGCUAUGAAGAGGUUAUACAGCACUUCACACACAACAGUGGAUUCAAAAGAGAUGAACAAAUUCCAGCUUUUGGCACAUAGGUGGUGGGAUGAACAAGGAGAAUAUUCCACCCUGCAUUCUCUGAAUGAUAUUAGAGUGCCUUUUAUUAGAGAUACUCUAUUGAACAUGAGUAGUGAUCAUCAGUUGGGAAGCCCUCUGUCCGGUGUAAAGAUUCUAGAUGUUGGCUGUGGUGGUGGACUGUUAAGUGAACCUCUAGGUAGACUGGGAGCUUCAGUUACUGGAAUUGAUCCUCUGGAGGACAAUAUUAGAACAGCAGAACAGCACAAGUCAUUUGAUCCAGUUCUAGCCAAGAGAAUACAGUACAAACCAUGUUCACUGGAGGAUAUUGUGGAAGAGACUACAGAAACCUUUGAUGUAAUUGUUGCUUCUGAAGUAGUGGAGCAUGUGGCUGACCUAGAAAUGUUUAUCAAGUACUGCUAUCAAGUAUUAAAACCUGAAGGCUCGUUAUUCAUUACUACAAUCAACAAAACACAGUUGUCCUAUAUAUUGGGGAUUGUAGUUGCAGAGAGAAUAAUGGGCAUUGUACCAGAAGGCACCCAUGACUGGGAGAAGUUUAUUUCACCUGAAGAGCUAGAAUGCCUGCUAGACUCAAAUGGCUUUUUAGUCAAGACAGUGAAUGGAAUGUCAUACAACCCCCUGUCAGGGUCCUGGAGUUGGACUGAAAGCACUAGCAUUAACUAUGCUGUGCAUGCCAUGAAAUGUAGGGUAAAAGAACAAUCAAGUUCAAGAGAGCCGCCUUCAGAGACAGAUAAGGAGGAGCAUCCAGCCGAAGCUAGUGCCAGCACAACUGUCUGAGACACGGUAGUAGGCAAGCAGCAAGAAGUUGAAGGAAGAUUUGCAUAAAUGAUUAUAAUAAAACUGUUUGCAACAAGUCUGCUGUUCAUGUAAAUGGCAGUUAAGAUGUUUUUGCCAGUCUGUUUCAAUGUAGUCUCAGGGGAGAACAAUUGUUAGUUCUCUCAGGAAUCGUGUAGGAUUAAGAUGGGCAAAGUUUUUGGAGAGAAGUUUUUAUGAGAAAACAAUUUCAAACUUUCAAAUUAUUGUCAGUAUUUGUGUUUGAUGGCUUUUACAGUCCUACCAAGAAAACACAGGUUUCAACAGGACUCCAGAGCGUAAUGGGUUUAUGCUGAGUUCAAUUUGAAGUCACUUUUAAAAAUGCAAUACACUGUGUAAAUAGAAAGAUUUAAGCAAUUUUUAAAUUAAACUACCGAAGUGCACUGCUCAGAAA